AUGGCUUCAAAAUUAAACGAUGAUUGUUUAUACUAUAUUUUUCAAUAUCUAGAGGGUGAUUGUAUAUCUCUACUUGCCUGUCUUCUCGUGGAUAGAAAAUGGUGCCGAAGCGCCGUUCCAAUUUUAUGGAGCAACCCUUGGAAAUAUCGAAAAUUUAGUAAAAGAUGUUACAGUGGUGCAAUUUCAAUAAUUAAUACGUAUAUUUCAACUUUACCGGAAGAAACUAAACAAGGUUUAAUCCAUGAAAUUAUCGUACGACCAAAUUUGAUGACGAGGAUUGCAACUUUUGAAUAUGAAAAAUACAUGAGAAGUUUAAAUGUUUUUGAACUGGAAUUUUAUGUUAGACAAUGGGUCAAUUAUCAACCUGUUCGAUUUGAUUUCACCGCAACCCGACGUAAAAUUAGAAGAAACAAAAAUAUUUCAAGAACUGCAACUGCUCAUCAACCAGAUAUUGAUCGUGAUACAAGGAUCUUGAUGUCUGAACUUUUAUAUUUAUUCCUCGUCAAUUCACAAAAGAUUGAAACGCUUUACAUUUCAGAUUUUGAUAAGAAUUUUUCAUUUAUUUUAAAGAUUGCAGAAGAAGUACCGGAAGCUAAAAAGUGUCUUCAGAAAUUACGACAUUUAAAGAUUAGCACACAUCAACCAAUCACUUCAUCUUUAACAAGAUUAUCAGAAAUUUCACGUAAUGUUGAGCAUCUGGAAAUCGAGAAUUGUAACGUUAAUUCAUUUGAAUUAAAAAGGUUAAUCAAUGUACAAAAUAGCUUAAAAGAAUUAACCUUGGAAUUUGUAGUUAAUCAACCUUAUCAAAUCCAUAAUGCCAACAAUGUUUUAAGUGAAUUGUCUUCCAAAGCGAAAUUCAUAACAAGGAUUGAGAUCAGAGAUGCAGCGGAUUUAUUCGUCAUUUUAAACAGUUUUGAGAAUUUAAUUGAAUUAAUUAUCAAUAACACCGAUAAAUGUAACCUACAGAAAUGGGAACAUUUAUCAAAAGUAAGGUCAUUGAAGAAAUUAAAAAAGUUGUUUAUUAAUAAUAAAAAAGGACCCGUUUACUUUAAGAUUAUAGCAGAUCUUAUUAACAGAUCUUCUUGUAAUUUGGAUAUGAUCGUGAUUUUAACGACCAAACCUCAAGAUCCGACCCAUAUAGGUACAUUGAUUGAAUCAAUCAGCAAGAAUUGUUCGAAUCUAAGGGUGUUUAAGGGAUUGAUUGGUAAAGAUCACACGAGUGAAUUCUCUCUAUUAUUACAAAGAUGUAAUCAACUCAAGAUUUUGCAUAUUUACCCAGUGAAAACUUCUUGGGGGAAUGAAAUCUGUAGAUUUGAUGGUCUAUUACAACAAAUGACGAAGUAUUUAUCAUUUAAUUUAAAUAGAUUAUUUUUGGAAAAUGGUUGGCUAAUUUCCGAGAUUGAUCUGUUUAAACAUUUUGUGGAGGGACGAAAAUUAUUGGAUUUGCAAAAAAUUUCUUUCUAUGCUUAUCAAUCUAUUACUUAUAGAUAUCAAGAAUUGGUGGAUAUAUGCGAGAAUUAUAGGGAGAAUGAUUAUUUGCUAGAUUAUCAUUUUUAUUUGAAAUGA